ACUAAUAGUUCAAUAACUAUUUAUUAAGGAAAUAACAAGCGGGGUGCAAGGGUUCCAAACACGAGAGCCCCAAGCCACGGUGUAUAUGGAGACCUUCGGACACUCCUUGUAAAGGGCACAAUCUGAGACGCGGAAGAGAGCUCUAAAUAGUUUAUUCCAGGGCGGGGGCGGGCCAGGCGGGUGUCCAGGAGCGACGGACCAGGUCCGUGGAGCCUCAGUGAGGGGCGCCCUGCGGAAAAAAAGUGAGGACUUAGUCAUGUAGCAAAUAGAUUUCCUCGACAGCUCCAUCCCACACAGUCCCACCUCCUUCUUCCGACAAUCGCCGCAGAAGACACCAAUGGACGCGUUCACCAGCUGCACCCCACACAGCAAAAUCUCCAGGCACGAGGCGGCCACCAGCAGCGAGAAGAGUGUCACGUUCCAACAGACCACACGUGGCGGCUCCGCGCACGAGCUCCACUGAGUGCGGUUGAGCAGAUAGGAGCCUCUGCGGGCGGGGCAGGGUCACGUGAGAGAAGGAGGUCACGAGGAGCGCGCCCCCCUCGGGGCUCCCCGCCCCGCGCAGGCGCCGAGGGGGAUAUGCAAAGGACUCGUUCGGCCCACGUGGAGGAAGCUGUCUCGAAGCCGAAUCCCACCUAGGUUUCUCGGUCCACGUGGGACAGGCAGGUGGGCAGUAGCAGAGAAUGGAGGCGGGGGCGCGAAUACAGGCUGAGCCUUACGCGGUGUGUUGGAAGUGGUAGUCCCAGGAGCCGUGCAUUAAGCAUCGCGGUCCAAUUCGGAGCCCGGCUCCUGAUACCGAGAGGCAGUAGAUGGCACCAAGCAUCCCGAACGCCGAGCAGAAGACCGAUCGCAGCAUCUGGAUACAGAGUGCGAGGAGAGCGAUUCCCACAGCAGCCUGCACCACAACAGCCUUUGCCCCCUGCCCGGACGGCGGAAAUUCCUGGACACAGUACCUGUGGGAUCAGAGUCGAUGUGAUAGCGAGUCAUCCAGGUCCCCAACUUGGAUCAGCACUUACCCCGUAUUGUGACGAGGGUCCAAACCAGGAUACUGCAUCGUAUUUAGUUGUCAUGUCUCCUUAAGUCUCUUCCAAUCUGUCACCAUUUCUUGGUCUUUCUUUGCUUUUCGUGACUUUGAUGCUUUUGAAGAAUAGCAGUCAGGGGUUUUGUAGACUGUCCCACAGAUUGGUUUUGUCUGGUGUGUUCUCAUGAUUAGUCUAAAGUUAUGGAUUUGGGGGAAUAAUACUACAGAGGGGAUGUGGCCUUAUUGCAUCAUGUCAGGGAGCAUGAUGUCAACAUGACUUCUUAUUUCUUGUAAACCUAGUCACUUGGUGCAGGUGGUGUCUGCCAGGUUUCUCCACUAUUUUUCCCUUUCUAUACGUUGUGAUAAGAGUCAAGCCCGGCCCACACUCACAGGGAUUUUAAAAGUGGAGGAAAGUUCAUUGAGGGGAUUUAAGCAGGGAGUAAUGUUUCGAAUGUCUGUUUUGGAAGGAACACGAGAUAUGGUGGCAUUUGCAGUGGGACUGGACAUAAACUGCUGGAUGUUGAGUGACCAGCAGCCUGACUCAGCUGGAGCUGGUUCUUUAUGGGCCGUGAAGGAUGAGAGAAGGUGGAGUCAGGGAUGGCCAUGAAGUUUCUAACUUGGACAGUUGGGUGGCUGGGGUCUUUCACUGACUCUAAACCAAGGUUGUGAGUGCCCCUAGGAGGUUGCAUGCCUCCCCUGCCCCCGCCCCCGUCCCCUCUCCCCCCCAGAGAGAAGCCACUUUCUGUUUCUUGGUCUUGCUUGACUCGGAUCCGGUCCCUGCCUGUUACUGGGGCCGGAAAAUGCCUUGUCAACACACACAUUAGAAGAAGUUUGGGAUUACCCAGGAGGGCAGAAUCCCAGAGGGGACAGCUUUCGAGGAACUGAAGAAAAAUGGAAGAAAAUGUCAUCCGUAAAUCCUUUAAUCCUCUUUCCAUUUAAGGACCCAGUUAUGAGCGUUUGACUCAGUGGUUUCAAACAAGCCCUGGUUUGUCCUCCGCUCUGUCCUCUUGGCAGCCGACCUCGCCACCUGCUGCCUCCUGCUGGGCCCCGUCUGCCUCCCCUGGGGGGUUUGCUUCCCGUGGGGACUCCCUGCUGGUAGGGGCUGGCUUCCCAUCCGCCUCUGUUUCUACUUUCUCGGUGCCUGCGCCCUCCUCCUCUCCCCCUUCCUCCAGGCUGACAAAGCUGACAUAGGGGCUUAGGUCCCGCAGGUGGAGUGGGGGCUCGUCUCCCAGGAGCCGGGCAGCCCCCAGGCCUGGUGCAGGGCCUGGCUCUGCCCCUUGCCCCAGGCUGAUGCCCACACUACGGUUGGGCAAGACGUGGAGCACCCAAAGGGCGCGGUCCUGGGGCAGCCUUCUGAUCUGAGCCUCCAGCUGCCACCAGCAACCCUCCGGGCUGGUUCUCACGGCCCCGCGCUCCGCCACGAACUUGCGGAACCAGCCAAAGAGGAGGGCAACGAAAUCAAGGAACUCAUCCCGGUAUCCAGACACAAACUCCAUGUCUUCAGGGAAACAAGGCCUGGGCCCAGACUGAGCAGAGGGAGGGAUGUAGGGUGAGAGAGAGGUACUCGGGAGAGUUUGGGGCUGGGUCAUAAAAUGGGGGAGAUUGUGGGUUUGAGGGUCACUUAGGGUGGAAUCUAUGGAUGAGUGUUAGGAGUGAGGAAGGAGUUUUCAGGGCGGAGGAUGGGAAUUCAGGGUGAGAAUGGGGUCCAGACUUGAAAGUGGGUGAUAGGGUUAAGGAUGAGUAGUCGGGAGGGAGAUGGUAUUUGGGGCUCAAAAUUUUGAGGCUCAAACCCUCAAAGGUAGGGUUUAAGUUGAGGAUAGAAGUGGGAGAGGGCUAAUCCUAUGGGCAAGGCUUUGGUGAGGAGGGAAGAGUUUUGGAUCCGUCUGUGGGGUGUGGGAGGAGGGGGACAGGAGCUAGGGCAUCUUGGGCUUGGAUAGGUUUGGCGGUGAGCCCCGGUACACCUAGCCCCUCCCGUCCGGUCCGCUACUCCGGUACCUGCAGCCGCCACCACUUUUCGAAGGUAAAUACCUCGGGGUGGGGCGUGACGUCAGGCUGCCCGAGCCCUCCGCCGGCUCCUCGGGUUGCCACGCCCCCUGUGUCUUACGCGGCGCAGAGGCGCUCAGGGCAGUCAGUGUGCUGCUGGGCGCGCGGACUCCUCUGCCGCGGUCACUCCAGCCAUGUGACUGGAUCUGUGACUGGAUCCCAGUGCGCCGGACCCGAGCCCGAAAAGUGAAAGCCUCUCGAAGGAGGAGGUCCAGCCGACUGACCUGCGGAGGGCGGGCGGGGCUGACAUCCCCGGGCCCAACCGGAUCAGCCUAGUGGGCAGUGCCCGCCCGCCACGCCUGGCCCUGCAGCCUGGACUUUUUUCCGCUUUCUUUCGCCUUCUUCAAACAUUCCUGGCUGCCUCCUCGACGGGGCACUGGGCUGGGUGCGGGAGCGCGGGCAGAGGCGCUCCGCCUCCCGGAGUUUCCCCGCCGCCCCAGGCUGGCGAUCACGCGGCUACAACGGUACUGACCGCACUUACUGGUUCGAGACGGUGAGGGCGCCCAGAGGCAGGCGCCGACACCUCGCGCCUCGCCUCGGCCCGGCCUUGGUGCCGACGGCCGCCGUCUCCCGCAGAAUCUCAGGCGUAGCGGGAGAAGGAAGCGAAAGCCAUUGAGAAACCGGCUGGAGCACGUCUGGGAGUCAGACAGGGCGAGGCGGGCCCGAGAUGAUGCUGAGCUGGGAACUCCGGAUCCUCUUGCUCCUACUCUUUCUAUUGUGCCACACUCCUCCAGGCGAUAGCAAUGAAGGUAGCAUCGCUGGCAGUUGUCCCUGUGAUAGAAGAAUUUCUUCCCACUCCCCUCCUAACGAUCAAUACAUGGGACAUCUCCGAAAAUACCUGAAAGUCUAUCAACGUUGCUCUUCCUACGUCAGGUUCCAGCUACCCUUGGGAAGUGUGUGUGGAGGCAGCAGUGACCGGUGGGUCCAGGAACUGAUGCGCUGCUUUGAUCGUGAAGAAUGUGGACGUGCUCACACCAGGAGUGUGGCCCACCAGGGACAUGUAGCUCCCCGCAGCACCCAAGUUCCUGAGCCCACAGAACAGACACCUUCAGCCACGGGCACCCCCUCACAGAAGUACCUGCCAUCUACCCUGCAGCCUACCCAGCAGCCCAUCUCUCCAGAAGGAGCAACUUUGUUGGACCAAAAGCUCAUCCACACCAAUGAGACUACCACUUACACUUUGGGCCACCGUCUGGGGGCAAGGCCUGGGGCCAGGGGGAACCAGAGGCAGCUGGGAGAGAAUGUGGGUCCUGCAGCUGGGACAUCAGCCAUGGUGCCAGUGCUGUCCCUCUUGGGCAUCGUUUUCCUCCUCACUGGAGCCCUGCUCUACAUGCUGUGCGAGAAGAGGAGGAAGCAGUCACUGCAGUGUCCUCCAGAUUUGCACCUUCAUUAUGUGCGUGUGGCAGCAGACGCCAAUGCUUAAAGAAUGGAAGCUUGUGAGGGCAGAUUACGAUUUAUUCAGUAUCAAAUGCAGUUAAUAUACUAGAGCAAUCCCUGGCACGUGGUAGGCACUCUCCACAUAUCUGUCGAUGUUUAAUACACAACUAACCAGCCACUGCCCUCUCUUAGACGUUCCCUCCAUUUUUUUUUUCUAUGCUGUAAUUUAAAAUCACCUCUUAUACUAGAUAUUUUGUACAAUUUCUGUAUGUGGAUUUUUUAACUACUAAAACUUAUUUUUAUAA